UCCUACCUUAGGCCUUAUAUAGGCAUCCCCUUAUCUAAAGACUCCACUAAUGGAAUGGGCCAAGCCCAUUUAAACAACUACUAGUAGCCUAGCCCAUACACUACUAAUAUACCCAUUACAAAUUACAAGCCCCAUAAACCUAUGAGUAUAAAUAUAAUUACGAGUACUACGCCCAAUAGAAUUCUUAGAGAGAGAGACUGAAACUUACGUUUGCGCCAAUAUAUUGUAUAUUCCUUCAGAGAGUCCAAGCAUGGAGGUUAAGCCGAAUAUGAAAGAUUCAGUGGCCAAUGACCCAAGAGACCCCCAUUUGUCAACGUUGGCAGAGUCUCCUCUGUCUUCUGAUGAUGAUGAUCCCUCACGCGCCGUAGCCAGGAAGCGAAGGCGAGAAGAUGAUGAGUACUUCAAAGGUCUGCCACUAGGGUAUAAGUUCUGCUGCAACGACGAGGACCUAGUCCGGUAUUUCUUGAAGCCCAAGGUUUUUAACGAGCCGUUGCCGCGAAACCAGAUCAUCGACGCUAACAUAUAUCUCCACAACCCCGACUUUCUUGCUGAAAAAUACAAAAAAUAUGGAGAAAAUGAGUUGUACUUUUUUACUCCAAGAGAGCGAAAGCAUCGAAAAGGAAGUCGUCCAAAUCGAGUAGCUAAUGAUGGAUAUUGGAGGGCUACGGGAGUUGACAAAAAAGUUGUAGAUACGGGUACGGCCAACACCGUUAUUGGAUUUAAGAAGUCAUUGGUGUCCUACAAAGGAACCUUCCAACGGUGUUAAGACCAUUUGGAUGAUGCAUGAAUACAGGAUCAACAAUCCUCCUCCUCCAACGGGUGACAAUGACAUGAGAUUAGAUGACUGGGUCUUAUGCAGGAUGUAUAAGAAAAUAAAUAAAGCACGUACUCAAGAAGAGGAAGAGGAAGUGAGGGUAGGUGAAUCGGCCAGUACCACAGCUUUGCCGAAUAAUAUUGGUGAGGAGGAGGAAGUGAGGGCAGGUGAAUCUGGUGCUACAACAGCUUUGUCCAAUAAUGGUGCCCAGCCCGGAGCAGUACUCCCAAGUCCCAACGACGGAUUGAACUCCGAUCCAUUACAACUUCCGCCAUUGUCUAUAAAUAAAUAAAGUAGCUAGGUGAAUCCUCGAUCUUCAAAUGGUUCGUCCGUAGAUCGAGCAAC